AUGUACCACGACCACUUCAAACAUUAUGAGCCUUUUGUGGGCGCCUUGAUCGCAGGCUGCGCUGUCUACUCCUCAAUCUUUGUCUGCUUUCCCCUGAGUGGGGCCCAAAUCAACCCCAUGGUCACAAUUGCUGUCGUAAUUACUCGUCGUAUGAGUAUCAUCUACCUGCCAAUGUACUGGUUGGCUCAAGUCUCCGGAGCCCUAUGUGCCCUCCAGAUUGGUCGUUCGAUGUCCCCGUUUGUAGGCAACCGGACUGAACUUGGGAUGGCGAUGCCGGGUCCUGGAGUCAGUGACUAUCAGGCACUGGUUAUGGAGAUUUUCAUCACAUUUACCAUGCUGCUGGCUAUUGUCGCCCUUCUGGACGAGCUGCGCAUUCACAACUUCCAUCCGGCUAAUAGAUUCAAUGCUUUUGUGUUACUGGUCAGCGUAUUCCUUAUGAUCGAAAUUAUUGGAGUAAGUUCAGUACUAUCCAAAUCUCCGAAUCGAUUUUUUUACGUUGAGAGUAACCUUUGGUCCGUGCCUCGUUCUCUUAAUGUUGUCUGACCCCCUCGUUCACGACAGACGCAAAGGACCUCAUUGAAAUUUUGUAGUCGAUAUGGUCAUUUUGAUUGGCCGUGAAGCUUGCUGGUUUUAGAGGAAAGACUACAUAGCUUCUGAUGACAUUAGGACGAGCGUUUUAAGCUGUCGUAAACAGCUUAAAAUUUCCAAAAUUAAGGCGAAAUUUCGAGUUCCACGUGUAUGCAUGAGUGAAGAAGAAGAAGAAGGGGCGAGUACCGGAACACUUUGUUUAUUGUCCUGAGCUUUCAGACUCGUGUAGGAGUCAAUCGUCAGAGGUAGUGGUAACAAUAGAACAAGCGACAGUUAUAGGGUGGCGCUGGUGUACAGAGCCCUGCGUAAUCACCUCCAGUCUUGCGCCGUCGGUCGAUGAUUGGCCUACAUGCCCUAUAACUGUCACCUGUUCUGUUGCUGCCACUAUCUCUGACAAUGGACUCCUGCACGAGUCUGAAAACUCAGGGCAAUAAACGAAGUGUUCUGGUGCUGGACACUUCUUCUUCACUCAGCUUAAAAUUUUCAGAAAAAUGCAAUUGGUAAAAGCGCAGUCGCAAUAACAUGAGCGUUAAGAUGCCAUCCUCAUGGGGAGCAGCGAGAUUAGUCGAAAUUCAACGCAAAAAGUGUUCUGAGCAAAUGCACGAUUGCCCGGUCAACAUUUAUGGCAUGUUCGCGAUUAUAGGCUCUGCUCUUUUACUUAUUUGCAACGAAACGGGAUUGCUUUAACAGAAACCCAUGAUGAAAGGCGUCAAAAUAGGCUGAACAACCUGAAGUUGCUGGUAUCGCGGCCGAAGAAAUAGAAAAAGUAACGUUGCCAUAAUAACAGCUCCCAUAAGCAGUGCUGGAAGGAGUAAGUCAACUUGGAAAUUAAACGCGUGUUCGCGAUACGCAUGUCCGAAUCUACUCCUAUGUACGAUUAGCAUACUUGAGUCUAUAGUGAGGGAGGGCGAUAAUUAUGCCAUGUGUCGCGGUCCUUGCAUUUCGCCCAAGUGGACAGUCUUCAUAUCCUUCACUUACAAAUGUACAGUGAGUGACCAAUCUCCUGAAAUGUUGGCUGAAAUUCCGAAAUGCGUUUUCGAUUAGGAAGGAUUACUUAGGUGUGGUUGUAAGACUGAUUAUCUUUCGGCGUAAUCCUAUAAUAUUUCGGACUCGGCAGGAUGUCGGCUUUCAAAUGCACGUCUUUUCAACUUCCUGUAGAAGUCGAGCCUGUUAAAAAAUGACUACUUAAAUAGCAUGCAUUUUCUCACUGAUUUUCGAUGGUCUUGCGAAUUAAAAUAUAUCUUAUAGAAACCAUAAACAAAAAUAAGUUUUUUUCAGCCGUUUGAUAGAGAAUUUCGUCUUCUUUUUAUUUUAUACCCAAAGAAGGAGUAAAAUUAGCUUAUAAAGUUUUCGCAUAGCAAAAUAUUUUGGAACCUGAUCAUUCGUUGCAUCGGCGCUUAGUGAUUUCAGUCUACAAGGCGCACGCGUUCAGCGUAAAGAAAAUUACAUAUUUUUCUAUGCCUAUAUCAUACAGAAUCCAUAAAAUUUUGCGAUGAAUGCGGACUAUGUUGCACACUUCGUAAGGAACUGUGGUAAACGGAAAGGUGCGAUGCUAUAUGAAUAAGCAUUGCGCGGUCUUAAAAAAUUCCAUAAUUAGAAACUUUUUAAGACCUAAUUAUACUCAUUCUUUGAGUAUAAAACAGAAAUAAGACGUAAUUCUCUAUCAAACGGCUGAAAGAAAGUUUAUUUUUGUAUAUGGUUUUUUUAAGAUAUAUCUGAAUUCUCAAGACCAUCGAAAAUCAGUGAAAAAAAUGCAUGCUAUUUAGGUAGCCAAUUUUUACCGAGUACGGUUUCUACAGGAGAUUGAAAAGCAGUGUCUUCGAAAGCUGACAUUCUAGCGAUUCCGAAAUGUUAUAGGAUUGUGCCACAAGAUAGUCAGUAUUACAACCGCGCCUAAGUAAUCCUUUCGGAAUUUCAGCCAACAUUUCAUGAGAUCGGUCACUCACUGUACUUGCCACUUAUGUCCGAAAGAUGGCUAUCACGACUAACUGUGGCUGUCCAGGCUGCCGUAGGAUGAAAGCGAAGAACAGGCUGCCCGCAAAGUUGGAAAAUGAUGACAGUUUGACUUUUGAGAAUGUAAGCCCUGCGGAGUGGACACAGCGUCCAUGGCUCGCGCGUGAAUCAGUUAAUAGUGAGACAGACCUGCGUGGCAUCCAACACACUCCCCUUGCCAGCCAUCAUGCUCCACUGGCAGGAUAAUGUCAGGCUGACUGAGGGUGGGCUCUGUCACAGUGGUUGGCACGACUAAAGGAUCCGUCUGCACGUGCCACACACGACCCCGGUCCCAAACAGCCUUCACCUUGAUUUCACGAAGGCAGCUCAGGCAUGAGAAGCACCAUUAAUUACAACUCUCAUGACAACACAGUGUGGAGUAGACGUCAGUUCGACUGGAUAUGACUCUGUGCUUGGCCCUAAUGUGAUGAAGCCACUUGUGUAUUCAAUGGGAAUGAAAGACUCAGAGGUAAACAGGAAUGACGCUACACCGAUUCCGUUCGGAGAAAGGGGCAUGGUGUUUCGGCUUUGCCUUCAAACUCUAGACGGUAGAGUGUUCGACUCAAAGUGCUCGAUGACCAACUGACAGUUUGUCGGCGAUUUCCACCAUGUGCCCCACGACAAGGUGAGAGCAGGCACGGUGGCUUGCGCGUCAUUUAGUUUAUAGUGAAUUCGGAACUGCGGAGAAUAUACCGCGCUCUCUCCUCCUCCCCCACUUGGGUGCGGUGUCAAGACGAAGUCAGGCAGACCGGAGCUGGGGAGGGCCGCAGGUAGCUGGUGCGGCCGGACCUACGCCUUAGCGUAGGGUCAGAGUGGGCAACCAUGCACACUACCUGUUUACCCAGAAGGAGCGUAUGCGCAUCAAUCGACAGGGAAGUAGGUGCAAAGACCUGGCAGCGAAAACCAGGCUGAGAGGUCCAGGGCUUGCUGAAUUAUGGCAACGAAGACGCAUACAAUCCACACCCCGUUCCAAAUACCGGAUCGUCCCAGGCUAUUUUCUGGUGUAUGACUGGCUACCGAUCGCAAGCAAGCGAGAAAUAACUGACAGGACAGCGACCUUGUGGCAAAGUGUCGAUCUUCGAUACACUUAAUUUUCAGGGAAUCCGGGUUCGAAUCCCAGGUCAUCCAAACCUUGAUUCGGGUAUUCCUGGCAGCCAAUAAGCACAUGUAGGGACUUCUUCCUGCAUUAGCAAUGCCGUUCUGCUGACUAGAACUGAUCUUUUACUUCAAAUCAUCGUUACCCCUUCUACGUUAAGGGAAAAUAUGCCCACACCGACUAAUUUAAUAAAAAUACCAAUUUUUCAGGCUCCUAUUUCUGGCGCUUGCACAAAUCCCGCAAGAAGUCUGGCAACCGCGCUGCUCAAUUUAACCUUUAAACGUCAGUGGGUGAGUUCACUUGAUUGCUUUUGUCAAUUCCCAACUGAACCGUUGAAAACUCCCUUAACUCGGAGAUGCAAUUUCGCAUUCAUAAUGUUGUUGAAUUACCAGUCCUGCUGACCUGCGUCAUUGAUUCUUGAUUAGCUAAUAACCUUAUAGUUUUCACUUGUUCUGUCACUGUCUUUAUCUCUGACGAUAGACUUCUGCACAAGUUCGGAAACUCCGAAAAGAUCCACAAAUGAUUCCGAUGCUCAAUUACUUUUUUCCUUUUCGGACCUAAAGAAAGAAGUGGUUUUUCGGAAAUUCAAAAAUAGUUAAGCCUAACCGUUAUCAGACGUAAUAAAAACAAAGGAGAAAGCGAGGUUAUCAUACUAGACCACUUGUUAAAAGAUAAGGUCGCGACUGACGGAGCAAGGAGCCCGUGGUCUGCACGUAUAAUCAACAGGUCCCAGGUUCAAGCGUCAGGGGUUGCGAAACUAAUGCUUGGGUUUUGGCUAUCCGAUGACGCCUUACCAGCCAGAAAUGGUCAUUCUUGUCUUCACUGUCUGUCGAUAAUGUUAUUCUAAUUACGUACACAUGAGAUUGUUCACCACUCUGGAACUCGAAAAGAACUUUUUAAGAUAACCCUGGAUCGAGUCAAAAUCGACGCCAGAACGGUAAAGAUUGACAGGGGGAGUUCAUACUCCCGCAAUUAGAAAAAAUUAAGAGUCUGGGCUCCUCGUCUUUCCAAAAUUUGACUUUUGAGUACCAGCAGAUUAAUCUGCUGGUGUGCACAUUACCUUGCAAGAACGUGAACAAACUGCUUAACUAAUAUACCAGUUUCCUGCCAACGAUUGACAGCAGACGAGCCACCGAAAAUUGCUGAAAGGCGGCGGUGAAUUGCCAUAGAAGCAUCCUUUCUGUCAUGCUAUAGACAACUGCGAUAAUAAUACAUCUUCAAAUACUUAAUAAAAACCAAACAAUCGCAGAACAAGUUUUGCAAUGCAACUCCAAAAAAUGCGUUUUAUACGAACCUAGACAAAGACACGCCUCUCUAACCAACGUAGACUUCUCUUAACGCUGAUAAAAAGCACUUCGAUCUGAAAUUUCUUGCUUAUUUACGACCUUUCCAGGCAUAUUGCACUCGGAUCGUUCUCUUAUAGCAAUCUAUCACGUUUCCUAUGCGUCUUGCGACAUUCGAAAACUGGAAAGUUUCAGGGGAUGCACCGUUUACCUUUUAUCCCGACAGGCAGUUUGAUCUCUACAGAAAUACAUACUUAUUUACUGAAAGACGGGCAUUCCAAAAAGUUUCAUUUGAGAGCAACAAGUCCUUUGGGAAGUGUGACAAACUGUAUUCCAUAGAUUUGCGACACUGUUUCGUCAGGUCAUCUUCAGGCGUGCGGCGAAUGUACAAAACAGUCAGACAGUUUGACCACAGUAUAGUGGCUUGCAGAUGUUGCAAAGAGUCUUGUAGAUGACCUCUUUCUCAUCUAAAUAUCUGGGCAUAUCCUUGGGGUACACAAGUUAGUUGCGUAUUGUGGACUUCGGUUUGUCUGCCACUUGAAUUUAAAGUAUCCUUUAGGUGUCUUUCAACGACUUUGGACGGGGUACUAAUGUACAGAAGUGUUCUUCAGGUUUUAGUCUAGGCACUUGAUCGGAACGAUCUAUUUCCCAGUCUUUUUCUUUUAGUCGAUGUUGUGUCAUGCACCGGCGUACAAAAUCUUUAGGGUACCUAUUUUGGUUUGAAAGAGGUUUCCGAAUGAUAAGGGAAUAUGCUCGGGGAAGGAAAGUUUCCAAUUAAAAACUUAGGCAUUUGUUAAGCUCACUGAAAUCGUUAAUACUUUGCAUGGGAUGUAAUUUGACUGACUAUGUCUAAUGUUUGAUAGGACGCGAGCACAUGAUUCAGCAAAAGAAUGAGUAAUUUUGGAACUGUGGCACCAUGCUUGCUCUUUAUUCAAAUAAACUCGUCGAAAAGCAACCUCCAGACCUAAAAUAUGACCGGAAAUGACAAAGAGGAGGUUUUUUCGAUUUACCAUAGAUCAAUGGAGACGUUGAGUCCUACGGCCCGGAUAGGAUUUUCCCGUCACCUUCGAAAAGACUCCUGAAAUAAUAACAGAUUCCGCCAAAUAAAUUAACGGUGCUUAUUCAUUGUAGUCAGUGGCUCAGCCACAGCUCAGACUUUCGGAUAUAUCCUAUCACCUUAAAAACGUUUAUUUAGAUUCUGGAAUAGGCAAGAUAAGAAAGUGCCUAGAAUAAAUACUUUAUGAUUUAAGUACGGAUGCUUUAUAGCUCUCACUAUUACUUUCUCGAUUCUCGUCCGGACAGCUUGUAAUUCUUACCGUUCACAGGAACGUAAGGAGUCUUAAUAUGUACGCAACCCUUGACUGAAGCUGCUCUUUCGUUGGACGAGAGCGCAGACCAGUAGCAAGACGGUCUGUAGGUCGUGCAUCGCUGGGACCUUUCUGGGUCAUUUCAGACUCUUGAAGGUUAUGUCAAUUCACUCCCCUUUAUCUGAGGUCUGAAUGGUGUCCUAGAUGCCACAGCCUCAAACGCGCUAAUGAUUCGGACUACCGGCAUGUCGCUGUAUGUUCUUUAUCACCGAGGCUUUCAUCCUUUCUAGUAGUACUUUUUGGAGUCUUGUCCUACGAAAAAAUGUCGCUAGCUUGGAACUGCUCGGAGAUUUGGACGGGGGUCUGCAGUCGAUCCGGCAGUUUAAGGUACAAUCUACGAGUUGCCAGUUUUUUGUUUGACAAAGGUGAAAAAUCUUCUUGAAUCUCUUAAUGAGGGCAAGGAUUCGUCUGUAUAUUUCAAAAUCAUUUACCUCUGUGAUUUUUGAAGGCCAACGACGAAUCAUUCACUUGGAACGUUCAGCCCAUAGAGUCAGGUCAUUUCAUCCCUUCCGGAGGGAGUUCAUUUGGAGACUCCCUUUGCUUCUCCUUUACUACUACUACUACUACUACUACUACUACUACUACUACUACUACUACUACUACUACUACUACUACUACUACUACUACUACUACUUCUACUCUACUAUAUUAUGGUUUUCUGUCUAGGGCAAUACCGAAGGCUCUACUCGCAUCCCCUGGUUGUUUUGUUGGACAUCUGUAGGGGUAUUACCAACCAUAUCUCCUUCCUGACUCUUUUGAUUUUAGUGUUCCCCUUAUAUUCGAGUGAAAAUUUGAGGAUUUUCUUAUCAGUUUUUAUGAUGUCCCUUUUUAGAAUGCUUUGUCUUGACUGACUAAACAUUAUAAACUACGAGACCACACGUAUAGGGACAAAAUGAAGUAUUCUAGUGACCAUAGUCGCCGCAUGCCGAGCGCGAGCUUCUAAAGCAUAAAGUUCUUCGUCCAAUGGACAACAAUGGCAAACAGGCAAACAGGGGAUCGCCGUCUAAAUAUUGCGUAUGCCUAACAGAGGUUUAGGAACCCGUCAACAGUUUGAAUGUACUGUCACAUACUGACCUGACGCAUCUCCUCCGUUAACUUUGUAGAUAUUCAUGGUGGGACCGUUAACGGGCAUGCUUCUGGCUGUCUUCGUCUACGAAUUUAUAAUUUGUCCGGAUGCGUCUUUGCAGCGAGCGAAGGCCCUGCUUUCGCCUGAACCCUUCGAUCGUAGCAAGGCCUACAGCGAGAUCGACUCAAACAAGGUUGGAGUCGCUCCGGCCUGA